GUAUUUUAUGUAUCACACGACUCCCAAGAUUUGAAGAUCUUCAGUUAUAUCGCCAGGGAUGGCCAAACCAACGUAUUCAAGUGCAAUGUAUUCAAAUCACACAGAAAGAGCCAUGCAAUGCGGAUUGUCCGGAGUAUCGGUCAAGCUUUUGAGGUCUGUCAUAAGCUGAGUCUUCAACAUGCCCAGGCUGCAGCGGACGGUCAAGCUGACGGAGAGAGCGACAAGGUUGGAGAUGAAAUCUUAGAUACAAGAGAAGGAUACUCUGAUUAUAGAUAUUUUGUUUUCAAUCCAGGAAGAGGAAUCGAUGGAGGCAACGAGAUUCACUCAAACGGUUCACAGAGGAUGCGGGAGCAGCGAGAUGAGACGGACGGUGUCUCGGUAGAACCAACAACGUUAGAAGGAAGGUCGUCGAGCAAGAAGAGGUCACACCUCAACUCGUCCAUCCAUUCCCAGAAGGUCAAGACGAACUCGUCUAUCCGCUCACGAGAAGCUGUCCAACAAAACACAUCCAUCCUGGCCCAUGAUGAGUCUGGCAUUCCCUCUCUCAGUCUGUAUCAUCAAAGGCAGCUUCUUCAGCAGCAACUACAGCAACAAGAGGCCCAGACCCAAGUGGCCCUGGCCCAGGUGCAGCUCCUCAAGGAUCAGCUAGCUGCAGAAACCACAGCCAGGCUAGAGGCACAGACGAGAGUACAUCAGCUUCUGCUAUACAACCGAGACCUGCUGAACCAUCAACAAGAACUGGUGACGCACAUACAGGACCUGGAGUCCAAGUUCCAUGGCUCGAUGGCCCACAGUCCUGGUAACCCCUUCACCAUCCCACCCCCCUUGCCCUUAGGGGUGGACUACGGUCUCUCACCACACGGUCUGGUCCUGCCAGAGUUCCCGCUUAUGGAAGACACACUCCUCUUAAACGGAGGCAUGGACCAUAGCCAGGCCGUCUACGAGAAUGCCAACUUUGGGCGCGGCAUGGGGGUCGGUAUGGCACCCAUGAACAUCUCGACGGAGGCGAUGCCCACCAUGCAAGGGGCGCAGAGCCUCAGCAGCAUGAGCGAUAGCAACAAUGAGCUCAAUAACGACGGACAGGAGAACCAGCAGGAAGACUUCACGGUGUCCAUCGAUGAAGAAGGUGCUGUCAUGAACCUCAAGAAGCUGAACAUUUCAGAAGAUAAUGCGGCAGCAGAAUGUCGCAGGGUGCAAACCUUGAUACGUCGAGUUCGAGUAUUCCAUAUGCAGGAUACGUGGUGGAUUCGAGACAGUGCGAAUCAAACGGUAAUGGCAAUAUACGUAUCAUCGUUCCCGCUCCUAUGCAAGACGCAACGGCGAAUCCUCUAGCCCUUGGGCACAACCAGACCGAGGUGAAAGCCAACAAUAACCAACAUAAUUCAGCCAGGAAAAUGUCCGCACCAUCGCAUCGGGGCUCACUCCCGGUUGAGAUGAAUGCCACGCCCCCGUCCUACGAGAUGGCGGUAGAGCUCACAUCUAAUUCGGCCCCGCCCACCCCUCAACCUCAGCUGGACGAUAGCCUCUCCAACGUCAUCGAACCAAUCGACAAGCCGUCCAAGCGCAAGUCGACAUCAUCGCGGGAUUCAAGAGAGAGCUACCACCAAGCGCGGGGGAGCAUCCAUAGCGUGGAGGCGAUGAAGGAGGCUAAGAGAUCUGGUAGCAUCGAAGAAGAAGAAGACAUGUCUACCACCCCCGAUUCCAGUCUCCAAUCGCCCCAGUCCCCGACGUCCCCUCAGUCGGACCUAGCCAUCCCAGACACCAAACUACACAUUAGCUUCAGUGAUGAUGAGAACACAGAGAACUCAGAAGACUCUGGGGUUCCUAGACCACCAAGGGCUCUAGAAUCAAUGACCUUUGAAGAAAUAGAAUCCCUCUAGACAUUCUCUGUCAGGUUUGUUGGUUGAGUGACAUUCACGAUUGAAACCUUUAUGGUAGCGCCAUGUGGUAGCUUGUGUGAAGAGGCUGAUGAUACUGUCAAUCCUGUACUUAAAGACAUCUGGGACCUGUUGCACAAAAAGUACCUUUGAUGUUAACUUUGUCAUCAAUGGUAACUUCCAUGGAAACCUUGAUUUUGAUUGGCUGUUGAGCCUUGUUACCAUGGUAGUUGCCAUUGGUGGCAAAGUUACCAUCAAUGGUACGUUUUAUGCAACCGGGCCCUUGAGGGAGACAAGAAAAACAGUUGUCAUAUAUGUAAGCAUGUGGUCCUUAUGCAAGGGUUACGUAAGAACAGGUG